GCUCGGCCAGAGAGGCGCUCUGCGGCCGCCCCGGCGAGCAAUAUAAGGCUCCGGUCUUGCCAACGCUUCGCAUAACGUGACCGGGAGGAGAACGAGGCGCGGACUCCGCGAGCGCUCGCCGAACGCGGAGCGCGGCGGACGACCGCGAGCGCGCGCUUCAGAGGAGCGCGUGCCACCGAACUCCAGCUGCAGCAAGGCAGCAGAAGCGGGAGAGCUGAAGGUGACCUGUGGCCGGGCCGGGGGCUGCAACACAGGACAUGGGAGCUGCCUCUCACUCCCGCUCGUGUCUUGUGUUGCAGCCAGUGGAACUGCUGCACUGUCCACAUCAGAGACGGAAGGAGCGCUGCACCAUCUUACAGGGGCUGAAGAGAAAGCGCAGUGUUAAGUUGGGAGUCUGGGGCUCUUUGACUGGUCCUGUUGUUGGUGCUGGCUGCCAGGUCAUGAAGAUCCGCUGGUCGAGGAAGUUGGCUCUCCUGGCCAAGGUCUGCUUCCUCUUCUCUCUGCUGUGGCUCUUCUACCUUCUCAUAGUCCGUUCGUCCCCCUCUUCUCUUCCCGAUAAAGAUGGCCAACACGACAUCCUGGCCCGUGAUCUUCCAUCCGUUGAGGAGGAGGAGGAGAACCCCGAGAGCCUCCGGCGACCCGUUUAUGAGAAGCUCCCGCCAGACCCCAACACUCCUGGAGAAUAUGGCCGAGCCACUCGACUGACCCUCAGCACUGAGGAGAAGAAAGAGGAGGAGGCCAGCAUUGAGCGCUACGCCAUCAACAUCUUCACCAGCGACAAGAUCUCUCUUCAUCGCCAUAUUCAAGACAACAGGAUGCAUGAAUGCAAAGCUAAGAAGUACAACAUCCGUCACCUGCCUACGACGUCAGUGGUAAUAGCAUUUUACAACGAGGCCUGGUCCACUUUACUCCGAACCAUCCACAGUGUGCUGGAGACGACCCCAGCCAUCCUACUGAAGGAGGUCAUACUUGUGGAUGACUUCAGCGACAGAGGCUAUCUGAAGACGCAGCUGGCUCAGUAUGUCAGUAACCUGGAGCGCGUUCGUCUCAUUCGCACCAAAAAAAGAGAAGGUCUGGUAAGGGCCCGGCUCAUUGGCGCCACCUACGCUACGGGACAUGUUCUCACCUUCCUUGACUGCCACUGUGAGUGUGUGCCUGGCUGGAUGGAGCCACUGCUGGAAAGAAUUGCUGAGAAUGAGAGCACCAUCAUAUGUCCGGUGAUUGACACCAUUGACUGGAACACAUUUGAGUUCUACAUGCAGACAGACGAGCCGAUGGUGGGCGGCUUUGACUGGAGGCUGACAUUCCAGUGGCACGCCGUGCCUGAAAUCGAUCGCAAGAUACGCAAAUCCAGAAUUGACCCCAUUAGGUCUCCCACUAUGGCAGGAGGCCUAUUUGCCGUCAGCAAGGCCUACUUUGAGUAUCUGGGCACUUACGACAUGGGCAUGGAGGUCUGGGGAGGAGAGAAUCUGGAGCUGUCUUUCCGGGUGUGGCAGUGCGGUGGGUCUUUAGAAAUUCACCCAUGCUCCCACGUGGGCCACGUGUUCCCCAAGAAAGCGCCCUACGCCCGAUCCAACUUCCUUCAGAACACCGUCCGUGCUGCGGAGGUUUGGAUGGACUCUUACAAGCAGCACUUCUACAACCGAAACCCUCCAGCACGCAAGGAAUCGUAUGGGGAUAUAUCUGAAAGGAUUGUGCUGCGAAAUCGGCUUCAGUGUAAAAGUUUUGAAUGGUACCUGCAGAACGUCUAUCCUGGCCUGCAUGUCCCAGAGGACAGGGCUGGCUGGCAUGGAGCGGUACGUAGUGCCGGAGUCCACUCUGAAUGUCUGGACUAUAACGCCCCGGACCACAACCCCACAGGAGCUCACCUGUCCCUGUUUGGCUGCCAUGGUCAAGGUGGUAACCAGUACUUCGAGUACACAUCUCAAAAGGAGAUUCGGUUUAACUCGGUGACUGAGCUGUGUGCCGAGGUUCAGGAUGGAAUGACACACAUAGGGAUGAAGCACUGCCCGCGAGACGGUGCUCCCAGACCCCCCGGCAUCAUCUGGGAGUUCAGAGACGAUGGCAGCAUAUAUCACCCUCAUUCAAACAUGUGCCUCACCUCGUACCGCACCGAAGACGGCCGUGCAGAUAUCGUGAUGAGAAGUUGCUCUCCUGGAGACAAACACCAGCGCUGGAGCUUCGAGUGACUUUAAACCCCAUGUUAACUUGGAUGUAAGUGCAAUUAUCAAACAGAACGCCACGUCCGACUUGGCAUUAAAAAAAGGAGCGAAGAACAGGCAAAAAAAAUGGGACCCAUCCCUCCAUAUAGUGCCUUUGCAAACCAAAGUGGACAUGUGGUGCCAAUUCUUGCGUUUCCUUGUUAGAGACGUUCAGUGUGCUAUUACAAGUCCGAAGUGCAUAUUAAUAACAAACUGUAGCAAAUUCAACAAUCCAACAUGUUGGAGCAGCAUUCUUGUGUUUACAUUGGUGCACUAUACGCUUUUAGUGAAUCAUUUUUAGACUCAGCAGUAACUAAUCUGUAGAUCUACUGCACAGCGAUUUUAUUUAAUUGUACCAGAAGUGAUUGAUUUGAGGAUGUUGUGAGUGGGUUUGCCUUGAUUGUCAGCUGUCUUUCUUCUUUUGUCAUUUUGAGGCUGUUUUUUUGUAUUACUAGGGUAUUUAGGGUCUUUUCACCUGAUUUCGUGCAAGCUGCACGGACCGUUUUGGCACACUGGUGUCGAUGGAACUGUACCAGCAAUUUAGGUCUCGCACUAACAGCAGUGUUCAAGUAGCUUUUGGUAAUGACGUGUGUACCUUUUCAAUUCGAAGGAGAUACUUCAGAAUUGGUAUAAAAUGUACAGCAAUUGUGGACCAAAUUUUUCAAAUCCUGAACCGUUUUAGUGGUCUUUCUCACAUUUGGGAAUGAUCCACUUUACAAGCGAAUCGUUUCUGAACUCACCAUAAAGUGCCUCUUCAGCCUAAUUCUUUUUUUUUUUUUUUUUUUUUUUUUUUUUUUUUUUUUUUUUUUUUUUUUUCAAAAAUGGGCAUUUUCCUUCACAAAUCAGAGUAUUACUGUACUUUAUCAUGUUGUUGGCCAAAGUAAAAAUCAGAAAAUCAACUAAGUGCUUUUAUCACGGGUCUUCCAGCUGAAUAUCGAUGCGUUUGCUAAACAUUGAAAAUACUAUAUCGUAAAUAACCGAACAUGAAUAACACCUUAUUUUUGCACUAAAAUGAAUUCAAAAUGGCAACAUAAUUGUUCUAGGUCUCAUUCUUUGUAAUUAAAUGGUUUCGUGGGAAUUAAAGGGAUUGUGGGAAAGUGAACAUGAAAUUUGAAUUACUACUGAUAAAGCACAGUUUGUGGUGAUCGUGUGUUUUGCUGAUCGACUGUAAUGAAGUAUUUUUGGAACAUGGAAAAAGUACAAAGUAUUUUUGUCAACGAAUUAAAUUAAAACUCUAAAUGUUA